GACCCUAGUGAGGGGCGAGCCCCUCCCCAGAGGCGCCUGUGGAAUGUCCAGAGCUCUGGCCCGCUCCUCAGGAUGGGGGGUGCCUAAUCCUAGAGCUGCAUUCCAGGAUAAAGGGGGGUGGGGAGAGGCUAGGCCGGGGGAGGGGCAGGAAAGAGGGCUAUAAGGGCAGCGGCCCAGGCGGGCGGGAGCCAGGCGGGCCAUGGCGGAUGUCCCCGGGGCGCAGCGACCAGUUCCCAGCGGUGGCCCAGAGCCCCGGGACCCCCUGGACUGCUGGGCCUGUGCUGUGCUGGUAACGGCCCAGAAUCUGCUGGUGGCUGCCUUCAAUCUUCUCCUGCUGGCGCUGGUGCUGGGGACCAUAUUGCUACCCGCUGUCACCAUGCUGGGCUUCGGCUUCCUCUGCCAUUCCCAGUUCCUGCGAUCCCAGGCACCCCCUUGCACCGCGCACCUGCGGGACCCGGGCUUCACGGCCCUGCUGGUCACCGGAUUCCUGCUCCUCGUGCCGCUGUUGGUGCUUGCUCUGGCCAGCUACCGCCGCCUCUGCCUACGCCUCCGCCUGGCUGACUGCCUUGUACCCUACAGCCGAGCCCUCUAUCGGCGACGGCACGCCCCGCAGUCGCUGCAAACCCGCGCUUCACCAGGGUCCCCAGCCGUUCCCACAUCAGGAAAAGUCUGGGUCUGAGGAUACCUCAAGUCAAGAGCAACCGAGAUGGCAGCCUUCCUUCCCUCCCUUCCAGCCCAAGGACUUGAAGUUCCCGGGUUUUCUGCCCUGCCCCCACUCCUGCCUGAGCCGGUUCUAGCAUCCCCUUAGAGAACAACAUCGUCAGGAACCCAAUGCUGGUGAAAAUCUCCACACCCCGGAAAACCCACUUUACUCUCACUACCCACGUCUAAAUCCUGAAUAUCUGGGCUGGACCCUGUACAUGCGCGCGCGCACACACCCCUAUAGUGAAUAAGAUAACUGAACCUUGUGCCCUUCUUUUUUGGUGCAGCUCCUCUAGUAUUUACCGAGCUAGGGGGCAGGGCUGGAGGGCAAGGGGUGCUCAAACAUCAAUAAAGAAUUAAUGAACUUAA